AUGCCUCUCACAACCCCCGUCUUGACGGUGGAUGCGGAUAAUAUUCACAAGGUUGAUACCGCAAAUGCUCAGAGCCUUCAUGGCAUGUGGAUGGUGUUUUCUAAAUGUGCCGACUACAUGGACCAGGGCCGCAGGCUCGAGAACCUAAGUUGGCGAUUGUGGACUCGUGAGACCUUCUGCGUUGAGCCCGAAAGCUCUAAGAGUACAUCUGGACUGCUCAAGUUUCGUUCUGAGUCCGGUGAUCUCCCGGAGCUCUCCGCCAGUGUUGAGUCGGCCGCGUCCGACCAAGCCGAACGCAUCGAAGCACACAUCAAACGCCCCAAGUUCUCCGACUACCGCCCUGCUGUGGUUCGUGAAGACUCGUUGGCCAGCCUCGGCCGAGGCAAAGAGAAGCACAUCACAUCACUGGAUCUGGAACGCAUGGUACUCAACAUCAAGGAGAAGAAGAACCUUGAACCCAUACCCACUGUUGAGCCCGCCGCCCCUGUUGUUGACAUCACACCCCGCCCAUCUACUCCUACCCCGGCUCCUCCUUCAGUCUCUACCGCUAGACAAGUUCCCGUGUUUCCCCGUCCAUUCCAAGAAGCUCACGAAUCUACCGAGUCUUGUUCGACUACUGCCCCCGAAGGCAACGAAAGCGAUGGAGCUCAAAAUACGGCAUCGGAUACGAGCGUCUCGUCCUCGGGUGUCCUUCCUAGUGCCUCGGAAUUGAUGAAGUCACCCAGCAUCAUCCGGGGCUUCUCGCCGUCGAUGAUCUCUUCCUCCUAUCGGUCGCAGGCUAAAUUAGCCGUCGAUCCCAGUCCAUCCCGUGCCACCACUCAACUCAAACCGUCAGCGCUGAAGAAAAAGGGAGGCAUGUUUACAUUGGGUGGAUCUUCUGGUGAUGAUGAUGAGAGCUCUUUUGAAGAACGAAUGGUUACCAAGCCAACCCAAGAGAAUGCGACCGGUGGACUGCUGCGACCUACGACUACCAACCCUAGCCCCACGAAGAAGGUUGCAUCAUUUAGCGAUGAAGUUGCUUUCCGACCAAAGAGCCCAAGUCACCUCGACGAGGAUGCGAUUGAGACCGAUGAUGAGGUUUCGGAAAGUGCCAUCGAAGACGACGAAGAUUCGGAUUGGGAGGACUCGGUUACAGAAAGCGGGAAAUCCAGCGUGGACGAGCGACCGGAGCUUUUCCAACGUGUGGAUUCUCGACCCAAUCUCGUUUCUCGCCGAUCGCUUCUUACCAUGAUGAUGCACCAGCCAACCAACAUGAGACAAGCGAAUGCAUUCCGAUCCAGUCCUGCCCUGCAGCGAUCCCGGUUGACAUCACCCAAUGGCCCGUCCAUUCCCGCUUCGCCCCCAGCAAAGGAUGAUGAAACCUUGACCAUGCGUGGUCCCGACGUUCCCCGGUCAAAGCCCAUCAUUAUGAAGUCUCCACCCACGCAGUCAGUUGCUCACUCGCCUCGCACCACCCGUCGCAACAUGCUUGCGACCGAAUUAACAGAGUCCCUUCGCAAACAUCUCUUGUGGGAGCGCCAGCAGAAGAGUGCUACUGCCAACGCCUUCCUGAAGCGACGACACACUGCUCAUGACGUGAAGAACCUUCAAGAGUACCCUGGGCCGAAGGGACCUCACCGAACUCCGGGCGCAGGUCCGUCCGCCGCCCCUGGUGACGCCAGCCAGACUCGGGAUAAGGACUUCUCAAAGAACGGCUCAUGGACUAACUAUGCCACCGACUACGGUCCAUGGGAGUACCAUGUCAAAGGCUGGUAA